AUGGAGGGGAACCCUCUACCUGACGGGUCUGUUCCGACCGAUGUGAAUGAACUUUCCGAUCCUGCCGCAAUGGCCAUGAAUGGAAAUACUUUCAUCCCUUCUGUUCCUGCUCUCGGAGACCUCAACGGCUACGCCCAGAUGCCUGAUCCCACAUUCGGCGCCAUGACUCUCCCCAUGAACGGCGUUCAAUCCGGGAUGUUCACCGGAGCACCUCAGCCAACCAUUUCUGCCGACGAGAUUGCACUAUACGAUAGACAGAUACGAUUAUGGGGGAUGCAGGUUCAAGAAAAGCUCAGAGGAGCCAACAUUCUCCUCAUCGGGAUGAAGGGCCUAGGAACUGAAGUUACCAAGAACCUGGUUCUGGCAGGCAUUGGGACACUGACAAUACUCGAUGCUGGGCUGGUUACUGAAGACGACCUCGGGACUCAGUUUUUUGUUACUGAGGCUCAAAUCGGUCAGAAUCGCGCAGAGGCUGCUCUCCCAGAAUUGCGGAAGCUCAAUCCUCGUGUUGAACUCUACACCGACCCCAAUCCAGUCAUAACGAAGGACCCAGAAUAUUUUCAGAACUUCGACAUCACGAUUGCCACCGGCUUGACACUGGACAUACUGGCUAAUAUCAAUAUGUCAUGCCGGAUGCUCAACCGGAAGUUUUAUGCUGCAGACACUCAUGGAAUGUAUGGAUUCAUUUUUGCCGACCUCGGCAUUCAUGAUUUCAUUGUCGAGAAGCCUCGCAGCAACAAACCGGCAAAAAUCGGAGACAUGGAGACAUCUACAAGAUGUGUCAUUGGAGUUGACUCCAAAACUGAAGGUGGCAAGAUCACAGACAUCAUCACCUAUCAAGAAAAUUAUUCGCCAAUGCAGUUGGCUAAUUUGUCGCCGCUUCCUGCCAAAGUCAGAAAUACUCGACGGAGUCGAAUGCGUGUGACGCCCCUCCUCUCAUGCAUACGAGCACUGUUCGAUUUCCAGACGCAGAGCGGAGGUCGUCUACCUGCACACAACAGGGCGGAUUUGGAGCUGUUCACUAGACUCGCGAAUCAGAAACACCUUGAACUUCAAUUGCCUCUAGAGAUCUUAAGGGCGGACUUCCUCAGAGGCUUUCUUCAAAAUCUUGGAUCUGAGAUCAGUCCAGUGGUGGCAUUCCUCGGGGGUUAUCUAGCACAAGAUGUCAUCAAUGCCAUUGGGCAAAAAGAACCACCUCUUCAAAACACGCUACUGUUUGAUGGAGAGGACUUCACUGCAUCUCAGUUCAGCUUCCAUCCUAUCAACGACGACGCCAUGAGUAUGAUGAACACAAAUGAGGGAGCGAUGAUGCCAGAGCCAGUGCAGACAGAUGGCUCGAUCCCUGUCACAUGA